AGCGGUGUGUGUCUGCGGGAGACACCAAUAGGCCUAGUGUUACACCGGCUACCAGCGGUCAGUGUAGGAACUGGACAGAACUACUGGUCAGAUAUAUACUAUUACCAGGGCUAUCAGUCAGCCUGGAUGGUAUUUCACUGACCAGAAAGCGAGGGUUUAGGUAGAAGUUGACCGUUUAGCGAUGUAAGUAGGUAAAAGUUGGAUGUAAGUCCACAGAUGAUAACAGUGAUAUCUACCUGAGGAUUCCCCAGUACAACACACCUGAGACCCGCACUAACGACCCCUAUACCUGUUCAUAUGGACUGUAAUCGUUGGUGUUGGAUAUUCAUUUGUCGUUUGGAGGCAAAAGAGCAGUAAAAGUCAUAAGUAGUCAACAAUGACAUGACGUUCGCUUAUUACGUUGUGUCGAGGCCGUGAACAGCGUAAACAACGUGUGGGUCACCUAAACACUUGUCAGCAACGGCAGCCGUGAGAGCUUGACGAGGGUCCCAUCUUGUUAUGGGCUGUACUUAAAGGAAAUAUCACCUAUGAUUUUGCAUGUACAUCUGGUACUUUUACACCUGUACAAAUUACACCUGAAAGAUUUACACCUUGAAGUGUUUACACCUGUGCUUACACCUGAGGGAAUUAUACCAGUGUAAUUAAUUCAUACAGGUGAGAUUUUUACCUGUAUGUUUCUUAAAAGGAAAAGGAUUAAAAUUUCAUUGACCUUGGAUAAUUUUUACGUUUAAGGAUUUUGUCAGUAUUACAGCUGUGGUAUACUGUAGUAUACAGCUGUAUUCCUGUAUUAUUGACUUGCUGUAACUUAGCGCCAUGAUUCCGCGACGUACACAGAGGACUGGAGGCUUGUCCAGUGCCUCUUUCUCAUCCAGAGCGACGUCAAACACCUCGUCAUCAACACAUAGUGCAUCAGCGUCCAUUUUACUGCGCGAGCGUGAACAUCAACGGGAACAUAUUGGACCAAAAUCUCCACAGAGUCCGAAAUCUCCAGACGAAAUUAAACAUCCCUCACGCUCAGCCUCAUUUUCAUCUCAACACUCAAAUAACAACUCUUCAAAAUCUGCCACCACAAAUUCGUCUAAACAAUCGUUCACAAGUCCAGAACAGCCAGGAUAUGUCGGCUUUGCAAACCUUCCCAACCAAGUUCACAGGAAGUCGGUCAAAAAGGGCUUCGAAUUCACACUCAUGGUCGUGGGUGAGUCAGGCCUGGGAAAGUCCACACUGGUCAACAGCCUUUUCUUGACCGACCUCUACCCAGAAAGACAUAUUCACUCUGCUGCAGAGAAAAUCAAACAGACGGUGAAAAUUGAUGCAUCCACAGUAGAAAUAGAGGAGAGAGGAGUGAAACUCCGGCUAACAGUCGUCGACACUCCUGGAUUUGGAGACUCUCUCAACUCCAGCGACUGCUUCAAGCCAAUCAUUCAGUAUGUUGACGACCAGUUUGAGCGAUACUUACAGGACGAGAGCGGUCUCAACCGACGUCACAUCAUUGAUAAUAGAGUCCACUGCUGCUUUUAUUUCAUUAACCCCUCAGGUCACGGAUUACGCCCCCUUGAUGUGUCGUUCAUGAAGGCAGUUCACAAUAAAGUCAACAUUGUACCGGUGAUCGCCAAGGCUGACACGCUCACUCUACAGGAAGUUUUCCUUCUCAAGAGAAAGGUGAUGGAUCAGAUAGAUGAACAUGGAAUUAGUAUCUACCCACUGCCCGACUGUGAUUCAGAUGAAGAUGAGGACUAUCGGGAACAGUGUCGCCAACUCAAGGAAGCAGUGCCUUUUGCUGUAAUUGGGGCCAACACAGUAAUCGAAGUCAAAGGUCGCAAGGUCAGAGGUCGCAUGUACCCAUGGGGAGUAGUAGAGGUGGAGAACCCAGAACACUGUGACUUCAUCAAACUUAGAACAAUGCUGAUCACACAUAUGCAAGACUUACAGGAAGUUACACAAGAAGUGCAUUACGAAAACUUCCGAGCAGAGAAACUUGCCGAGGGAGGCGGAGCUGCAGCUGCAGCCAAGAAGACAGUCAGAAGGGUGCGAGGUGACGAGGUCGAUGCUCAAGAUAAACGUAGACCUGAAAGUCAAGCACAGGAACUGACAGACCGUGAGAAACAGCUGGUGGAGAAAGAAGCUGAACUACGCAAGAUGCAGGAAAUGUUGGCUCGUAUGCAAGCUGAAAUGGACGCUCAGAAACACGGCGGAACUCCGCAGAAAGUCCAACAGAAUGGUGGGGUAAAGUCACAUGAUGUGUAGGCCAUUCAUACUCAGGGUUUAAAUUUUACUCGUGGACCAUCAAUGUCGGACAUCGGUGUAGGUGCAUGUAAAGCAAGGGGCAAUAACUCCAGCAGAAGGAAGCAUAUAGUCCGACUUCAUCAGAAAACUGUAUAUUGUGGGGCUACAAGUUUAUUUGUAUCUUGACCAAUAAUUUUGAGCUAGCUGUGAGAAUUUUUACCAGGACUUGCCUUGUAGACAAUCAUACUUUUUCCACUGCUGGUCUUAGAUGUGUAAAGUUGCAGUCACUCAGUCAAGGGGAGAUAACUCUGACUAUUCCAACCAAAUUAAUUGCAAGUUGGUGAACUCUGUGAAAUUUGUUACAGUUGAAAUGAAUAUGUCUAUGUAUGAUAUUGUGGUCUGAUGAGAAUUGGGAAAAAAAUCUCAGAAACACUUGAGAAUAUAAAAUCUCAAAAAAACAACAACAAAAAAACAAAAUUCCAAUGCACUAUGAAAAUUAAAAAAAAAGAAGAUAAUAGUGAAUUUUGUUUGAGCAUUUUCAAACAGGACCAUUCUUUAAAAAUUUAAGGAAAAUCUCUUCACAUGUAAGGACUAGUCUGGAGCUGAAAUUAAUAUUUCUUGUGUUUAUAUCAUUUUAAUGUUUGUACAGGUGACUUCAGUUGAGUAUUACGGCUCCAGUCGUUAGCAUUAUACAUUAAAUAUGCCAAAACAUGUUCUGUACAGUCUAGCAAUGUAGAAUUAGGUGCUUAAAAUGCUGUUUCUAGGCAAAAAUUUUAUUUUUGUUUUUCAUUUGCUGAAUGCUUAACAAUCACGGACAAUAUCCCAACGUUAAGUUCUGUUACAGUAACCUUGAUAUGAAAAUGAAUGUUACAUCCAUCAAUCAAAUUUUGAAUUUCUGUUAAGAUAAUCAAUAAUUGUAUCUCAAAUUUGAACUUAAAUUCUUCACACAAACGAAAAAAGCAUUCAGAAAAGCAUAUUAGGACAGAUUUGAAGAAAAUUGGACAAAAAUAUGCCUUGGAAGUUUUUUCUAAACAUUCUGUAGAAAAUCCCUGUCUGAGAGCAGAAUUUGAAUCAGUCUGUUACAGUAUUGUGAUGGACCAAAUCAAAACAUUCAAUAAGAUAUUUUUUUUUAUUUAUUUAACUGAUAUAGAGUAUAUUUAUAUUGAUGUUAUCAAUGAUUAAUAACUUGUAACAAAAUAUAUAGUUUCCAAUAGUAUCUAAUUGUCCCUAAUAGUAUUAUUUUUCUUGGUUUUCAAAUUCACCAAAAAAAAACCAGUUUCCAUCAAUCUGUGAUCUUCUAUGUUGAAAUUCAAGCUUUGUGAUUGGUUAAAAUUUCACAUAUUCUGACCAAUGGGAUAAGAGGUUCAGAAAAGUGUUGGUGGAUUUGUAACGAAACUGUUUGUUGUUCUAACCCUGAUGUGAAGUGUUUUGUAGAUAGAUUAGUUGUUGUGUGGUUGUUGUUUUGUGAUCAGCGUCGAAACAAACAUAAAUCUUGUUCAGACUUCCUCUGGUCAGGCCCUGAUUCAGGCAAUAAAAUGUUGUUUUUUUAAUUGAAAUAUUUUUUCUUUAAGAAAUAAGGGCCAGAUUUGUGAAUGUUUCAAGUCACUGUGGAGAGAAGAAAAAUACAGAAAUCAAUAUUUGUGCAAUAAAUAAACCAUAUUUUUUUUUUUUUUUUGUUGGAAAUAUUUUCUUCCUUUUAAUAAUAGUCCUUAAAAUGUACAAGAUUUCUUCCAGAUUUCUGUCCUUUGUUUUAUGUAUGAAACAACUGUAGAUUUUGUAUGGAUGUUAUUUUUCCCUACCAAAAUUAAAUUAAUGUAUAUCGAAAUUAUUUUCCAAAAUAAGCAUUUUUACUCUCACAUAAGUGCCAUUUUUGAUGUGUAAAUGAACAUUUCUUCCACUAACUGUAUUUAUUUGUUUACAAUGUUCAAUUUUUUAUGAAAAUCGAUGGCUCUGCAUUUCACUUGAUUAAAAACUUUCUCAGAAUAGAAUAUAAAAUUGAAUUUAAAAAAAAAAAUUAAAUAUUUUCAAAUGCACUUUGAAAAAUCAUUUAUGAUCUUGAUAAUUAAACAUGAUAAAAAUAUUUUAAAGUUGUCUCAAGACUUGAUGAGAUGUUUAACACGUGGCCACCUUAAAGAUCUUUCAUUUACGCAUAAUAAGCAUGUAUAAAAUUUAUAAACUAACACAUAUAAAUAUAUAUAUAUAUACAUAUAGCAUUAACACAGUAUCGUUUCUAGCUUCUCAGCAGCCCCAAUGACAGUCGUAGAAUAAUUUUAUUUUGUUAUUUUAAUGCUUUGCUGUAGAAAUGAAAUUUCUCUUGCUUGAGGCAGAAUACCAACAAUUAUUAGAUUUGCAAAAGCUGUUCAAGCUAAUUUCAGUAAAACUGGUUUGUGAAAUCUUAUAAAUCCUGAUGUUCACAAUGUAAAACACUUGUAUUAAAGUUGUAUCCAAAAACAGACAGACCUUUUCUCAAACUUGUCUGGGCAAAAAGAUAUGAAAAUUGAAUAUCUCACUUUUUAUCUCCUUUGGUUAAUAGUUAUUACUACAAAUUCUAUUUGCUCAAGUAAAGGAUUGCUUUUAAAGCUGUAAAUAUUUUCUACGCUUACCUGAAAGAUUCCGAUAUUCCAACAUAUUUUAAUACAUUGCAGAAGUGUCAAUAUUUACGUAUGUCCACUGUCAACACUAGGUAUACAUGAAGCUUUGGCACUUUGGUUUGUCAAUGUUAAAGAUGACUGCCUGGAGAUAAAAAAAAGGCCACUCAGCUUCAAGUCAGUCCUGAUUUUGAGUUUGUAUCAAGAUAGAGGGGACUUUCAUUUUUGUAAAGAAAUGAUUAGAUAAUACAUGUAUUCCAUGUUUAAUUUGAGAAAUUAACACAUGCAAGUACCAGCUUUUGCCGUUAGCAUUUUGUGUGAAAAAAUGUUUUUGCUGAAUUUUUAAUGUGGGUGAAUAAUGCCUUAUUGUGAAUUUGGUUCAUAAUAAUGAUCUGUUUCAAUAUGUUUUAUUCGCAUUGAAUGUCAAACACUAGAAAAGUCAUGUUAAAACCAACUUUCCAUUUCCUUUUUUUACUUUAUGCAAAAUGUCAGCAUUUCCAUUUGAUAUAUGAAUAUAUACACAUUUAUAUAUAUAAUAAACUUCAUCUUAAUGUGAAAUCAAAUGAAGCAAAUAUAUUCCUACAACAAAAUUGCUCCUUUCAUUUAUAACCAUGCUAUCGCUAUGGCGACAUCUUCAGCAAAUGUGCAAGCUUAAUGAUGGCAGCGUAGUAAAUUUUGUCAUUAUUUCACAUCUGCAAUUUAAAGUGGAUAUAAUCCUCGUGUUGACAUGUAGAGCUUAAGUCAGCGUCAACAACUUUUCUAUCAGGUCAACAUUUUAAAACAUUUUAUGUCGAAUCUGUUGUCAACAUUUCAAUAAUGAAUGAAGACUUUCAUAUGUUGUGUAUCAAUACCAUAUAAGGAAAUAUGUAAAUUGUGUAUUACCAUAUAAGGAAAUGUACAUGUGUAUUUCCAUAUUAGGAAAUUUAUUCUUUUGAUAAGCUAUAUUCAUCUUUGCUAUUUGCAAAAUUGUAAUAAAGAAAUAAAUCCUAAAUUUAA